UAUGUGAAGUGAUUUUUUAAAAAUUUAUACUGUGAGUAUUUUUUGCAAAAUGGCACAGUUGGGAGAUAAUUUAUUGAAUAAAAAAAUUAAUGUGGAGGAUGGUUUAAAUGGGAUUGAUGUUAAGAGAACGUUAAAUAAUCACGUGGGUAAGGAAAAUAAUGAUAGCAAUAUAAUGGAGGGAAAUUCUGGAGAAAAAACUCCUGUACAAAAUGGGAGUAGAAAUGGUAAUAAUUCUAUAUUCAAUACAAUUUCGAAAAUUGUCAAUAGAUCUACUAAGGUUCCAGAGAUACAUGAUUUCAAAAUAGUGAAGCCAAUAAGCCGCGGAGCCUUUGGCAAAGUCUUUCUCGGCUUCAAGAAAACAAACCCAGACCAAGUGUACGCAAUAAAAGUAAUGAAAAAAAAUGAAAUGAUUCACAAGAACAUGGCGUCUCAAGUGGUGAUAGAGCGAAACGCUCUCGCUAUCACCCACAGUCCCUACUGCGUCCAACUGUUUUAUUCCCUGCAGUCCCACAGCUGCAUUUAUCUCGUAAUGGAGUAUAUGGUCGGCGGUGAUCUCAAGAGUUUCUUGGGUAAUGUCGGUUACAUGGACGAAUCAAUGGCCGCUUUCUAUACCGCGGAAGUCUGUCUCGCCCUUGAGUAUCUCCAUUCCCACGGUAUCACCCACCGAGAUUUAAAACCCGACAAUAUGCUUCUCUCUCGCGAGGGCCACGUAAAAUUAACCGAUUUCGGACUCAGUCGCAUCAAUGCCUUCCAUCGUGAUCUUGAAAUUUCUGAUCUAGUCAAUCACACCCCGACUGCCUUCAAUCUCUGCACACGAACUCCCGGACAAUUAUUAUCUCUAACGUCACAUCUGUCGUUUGGUUCCGGGCGAUCUUCAAUUGAUCUUGAUGGAUCCAUCACCGAAAAUGAGACUUCGGUAUCACAAAAUCUGCUGUCAGUUCUUCAUAAAGCUUCAGCUUGCGCUGAUUCAAGCCAUUUAUCGGGAAUCGAUCCGUUCCAAUCUGCGGAUGACAUUGACUUUGAUCACGACGAAGUCUUUGAUGCUCCCAGUGGCGGCAGUAGUUAUCAUACUGCGGAAUCAUCAAAACGAUUUGCCAACAGUCAAUUGACAUCAAGUAGAGGCGAGACUGAGAGCCCACACACAGAAACUGAUUUAAUUAACUCGCGGCGAAAUAAUUCAAAUACAAAUAGUCCACUGAAUGCUUUUAUGUCAUCAUUUUCAAAAGGAACUAAACGUAAAAGAGGAUCAUCAUCAACUGGACUUACAAGAGAAAUUUAUUUAAUGGGUUUGGAUGCUAAUUCAACUCCCAAAAGACCCAAUAGAGGGGUUUUAAAUUCACGGACGCCGAGUUUUAGCGGAGAAAUUUUAAGACCAAUUGUUGAAAAACCGGAAGUAUGUACAGCUGAAAGUACAAGAGUUGCUUUUUCUACGCCGGUAUCGUCAUCAAGGCAAGGACUUAAAGCUGGAGGCGAAAAAAAGGAAAUGAGAUUUGAAAUUCCCUCGACUGAUAGCGAGAAAUCGCCACGUGCAAUUUCUCCGAUAAAAACACCUGCUAGUAAUUCAAAUGACGUUAAUUUCACCCCCUACAGGACUCCCAAGAGUGUACGAAGGGGUGAUAAGUCAGAUAAUAGGAUACUGGGAACGCCGGAUUAUUUGGCGCCUGAAUUGUUGCUUAAACAGGGACACGGUGCUGCUGUUGAUUGGUGGGCACUUGGAGUUUGUUUGUAUGAAUUUUGCACAGGCAUUCCACCGUUUAAUGAUGAAACUCCGCAGAAGGUGUUUGAGAAUAUACUGGCGAGAGAUAUUCCUUGGCCUGAAGGAGAUGAAGUUUUGUCGAAAAAAGCUAUUGAGGCUAUUGAUAGACUGCUGACGCUGGAUCAAAAUGAAAGACCGAUGGCCAAAGAUGUCAGGAAAAUGGAAUUUUUUAAAGAGUUUCCGUGGGAUACUCCAGCGGAAGCUGUCCCGCCUUUUGUACCCAAGCCUGAUGAUAAUUGGGAUACUUGCUAUUUUCAAGCUCGAAAUAUAAUGCAGCAUCUUAAUGUCAGUAGCUGUGAAAAUUAAAAGGAAUUAUAAGGCCAAGGGUUUCAGCAUUGUAUAUUAUUAAAUAAAUUUCUGGUAAUAAACCUUAUUUUUUAAAUCAAUUAUAUGUAAAA